AUGAAACCAAAUGAUUUAGCUCUGUGUCCAUAUGAAGAUUUAUUUGUACCAAUUCCAAUGUUAAAUUUAAAGGAUAAACUUAUGAAAGGUAAUAUGCUCUGUUCCGAUGCUUUUAAUCUAUUACGAACACGUGGAAUGAAUGUCAUACAUUUAAUAGCGGAAUGUGAAGAUCUGCAUUCAAAAUGUCCAACAUUUGUUCAAUAUUAUCCAAUAAAAUUUAUUGGUAUUGAUGGACGAUCUGUUGCAGAGUUAUGUCCAUAUACAUGUAGUCAAUGUCCUCAUUUAUCAUCGCCUCUAAUCACAACGACAACAGUAAAUUUAAAAAUUUUUCAAGAUAAUACCAACUAA